AUGUUGAAGUUACUUUCUGAUCGAAUAACAAAGUUGGAAGUAAAACCAGUUGGAACUGAAGUGGAAUUUAAAAAGCAACGAAUUCCAAUUGAAGCCAACGUAAGGGUUCUGAACAAAACUGGUAGUGCAGAUGUCGAUAAAAUUUUGGAAGCUGAGGAUAAUGUCAGCAUCGCAUCGAGCGCCAGUCACCAAAUCUCACAAUACGAUUUGGAAGUUCCGAAAAGUGUUCAAGUGAACACAAACACGAUGACGUCUGGAUUCGAUAGGCUUGCUAUGUCAAUGAAUCGUCAACAUCUCCAGAAGCUACCAACGUUUUCAGAAAAAAAUUUACAAGAGAAAAUGUCCGUCGUUAUAUAG